AGUGUGUGGAGUGGAAGAACCCCCCAAAAGUCCUUUUUAAUAAGCUUGCCUUUUUUUUUUUUCUCUUUCCUGCUGGUGACGCUCCGUUCCCGCCAUGAAGACUUUCAUAGCCGCCUUCCUGAUCUGGACGCUGGCUUCUCCCAGGGAUAACUGCCUCUCUGCGUGGCCCACACACACAGCUUGCAAGAGCGGGAACUUGGAGGUGCUCUACCAGAGCUGCGAUCCGUCUCAAGAUUUUGGCUUUUCUUUCGACCAGUGUUCCAAAGAAAUAAAACCAAACCUCAGCAUUAAAUUUGGACUCAUUUUGAGAGAGGACAUCAAGGAGUUGUUUCUGGACGUGGCCCUCUUUGUGAAAGGUGUGUCUUUUCUGAAUUUCUCCUACCCUAUCUGUGAAGAGGAUCUGCCCAAGUUCUCCUUCUGCGGGAGGAGAAAAGGGGAGCAAAUUUAUUACGCCGGCCCUGUGAAUAAUCCUGGGUUUGAAGUUCCUGAGGGAGAAUACCAGGCAUUGCUGGAACUGUAUGAUGAAAAGCGCUUUGUCCUGGCUUGUGCCAACGCCACCAUCAUCCGCUCCUGAGCCUUCAAAGGCACAGCUCUGUCCCAUGGACACGCCAAGCCCCAGACUGAAGCUGACAUGUGAGGAGAGCCGCCAGUGACACGGGUUGGCCCAUGGGUGCAGGGACUGAAACCAGGCUUCCAGAUGAACUCCAAAAAGUAUCACUUUGGAGAAGCCUCCUAGUGUCCAUGAAUCAACCUGAGAGGUCUAUCCAUCCUUGUGUCUCCUUCUAUCACCCCCUGCACUAGCCUCCCCUGAUGUUGUCUCCCCAGGACAAGGAAGGCUGUUCUCCCUGGCUCAGAGCACCUCGGUGCAAUGCUGUGCUGUCACGUCACCUCCCUGAAGACCUGGGCAUGGGGACUGGAUAGGUGUCUUAUUCUAAGAAACUCAGGAGGAGGAUGCCCCCAUCUAAAGUCUGAACCCCAGAAAGUAGCACUCUUUUCCUGGGGAGGUCUAUGCUCUUGGCUCUGGAGGUUUGAGGUUGAGGAAUUCACACAGAGCAGUGCUGGGUUCUCACAUGACCAAAUGUAUUAUGGUCUCUGUCAUUUCACGUGCACUCAUCAACUCACGCAUCACAGCUGACAGCUAGGUGCCUGGCCUGUUCUCGACAUCUGCAGACUGCACGGAGCAGAGCAGGCAGCACUCGCUCCUGCAGAGAGCUUUCCAUCCCCUGAAAUAUGACAAAUGACAGGAACACCAGAAGACACGUGUACGUACAUUUCAAAAACAGCUCGUCCGAUGCCCUCUGCAAACAAACACGGUAUCCAUCCUAUUGCCAGAGACACUGACACCCCACUAUUUCCUGUCCGGUGAAUAAAAGAAAAUGGAUUGUGCUAUCA